CUGUUUUGUUAGUGUGUGAGGCCAGUGAGGGAAACGUCACUGAGGUCUGAGGGCUGUAUGUGUAGAUUUAUGGGUUUGAUAGCAAGAUAUAAUUAAUUAAUUAAUUAGUCACUUAAGCAUUUUGUCAUACUUGAAGAAGCUUCUUUGUAAAGCCACAAUUAGUAACAGUUUCCACUAUACAUUGGUUGAACUAAAAUCCAUCCAGAAUAAUCAUUCAUCAUGGAUUCUGUGGGAAUGAGUUGUGUCAAAUACCUACUGUUCUUUUUCAAUCUCUUAUUUGCAAUUUCCGGCAUCACCAUUUUCACAGUGGGCAUUAUAAUUCAGAAUAUGUACUACAACUACUCACAGUUCAUUGAUGAGAAAUUUUUCUCUGCUCCCAUGAUAUUGAUCGUUGUUGGUGUCAUUGUAUUUGUGGUGGCUUUCUUCGGCUGUUGCGGAGCAAUUCAGGAGAGUAACUUCAUGUUGAUCACCUUUGCAGUCCUCCUCUUUUUGAUCUUCUUGAUGGAAGUGGCAGGAGGUGUUGCUGGUUACGUCUUGCAGAAGGAUAUUGAUGCGAUGCUUAAACAACGUAUGGAUGAAUCAAUGAAGAAAUAUAACGAGAACCCAGAGAUUACCAACUCUUGGAACGUCUUGCAAUAUGAUCUGAACUGCUGUGGAACAGAUUCUCUGAAGGACUGGGAAAAGAUUUACAACAACGGCACAAUACCGUACUCCUGUUGUCCAACCAAUCCCGUGGAUGAACCCUGCACCCAGGAUAAAGCGAACAAAGCGGGCUGUCUAGGCGUGCUCAAGGAACUGCUGGAAAAGAAUACUGCUCUGGUUGGAGGCUUUGGACUAGGAGUUGCAUUUACUCAGCUGAUUGGUGUCGUGUUUGCUUGCUGUCUCGCUCGCUCCAUUCGCAAGGAGUACGAGACUGUGUAAACUGCGGCUUGUACUACAGAGUCAGCCUGUAUCGUAUCUUAACCUGGAUAUUGUGUAUUGUUGAAAUAUUUUUGCAAGCAGUCUUACUCUUGAUAUAUUGGGUGUACGCCACUACUUUUUAUAUGACCUGACCAAGCUUCAGGUGCACUAUUAUGGUCCUAUCACGUGGAUCUAACAAGUUUGUAUCUUUAUAAACAAUUAUAGAUGUGAUCUGAUGUCCUUAGAUGAGUUUAGCCCUAAUCAAGUUGGUUUCAAUACUCCUAUGUCUGUUGUUGUUAAAUGUACCUUCCCUUGGCAGCUGCUAAUCGUUCAGUAUUAAUGGGUCGAAUGGGAAUGCUAUUUUUAAAGCCAAAUUCGAAUGCACCGUUUGUAUAGGAUUUCUAUGUAUGGUUGAGCACAGUUUUUGCAGUGUCAUGGUUGUACGAGUAGAUUUGGCAAACCAUGAAGUCGUUCAGUAAACUUACAUUUUUUAGUGUACUAGAUGUUUAGUGAGAAACCAUUAAAAGCACAAAAUGUAAAUUUGAAAAUAAUAAAAUAAAAAAUUAUAUUCGCUUAGUAAACAUUAUCGUCUUGAUCAAAAUAUUUAUAAAAAAGAAGACUAAAUAUGACAGUUCUCUUGCACACAUUUUCAAGUUCUUUCCUUCUGAAUUUUUUAAACCAGAUCUGGUUAUGUGUAUUUUAGGACGAAUGUAUACAUGAGUUUUUCACUCUUUUAAAAUCAACUCUCAAAACAAAUUUUAAUAGAAGUGUACUCAGGAAACAUUGUUUUCCUAUGAAAUUUUGAGGUUGUUAUAAUUAGUUUGUAGUGACUUGUUUGAGAGAUAACUUUACCUAAAACUCAUUUUAACCAAGUAGAAAGUACACCUACGAAUCAGCAUUUUGGUGCAAUAAAAAGUGCAAAGUUCUAGAAAUUUAUAUUUUAAAAUCUCAAUAAAUUGUCAGGAUGUAAACAAUCUUGUUGAAGAUUUAAAACUCAAAAAUUAUACUUUGAUUUCAAAACAUUUAACUUGAGCCAGCACUGAUAUUUUCCCCACAGUUUCAUUGCCGUAUUGUACAAAACGUGUUAGCAUACUUGGUAUGGUUGCUGCUUUUUUCAAAGACCAAAGCAUUCAGUAUUUCUAGAUCGAAUUAAAAAAAAAAAAACAAACAAAAAGACAUUACUCAAUGUGAGUUUCGCUUGAUGGAACUACGUGUGUAGUUUAUAGAAACAGAACUCUGCGAUGUAUUUAAUGCAAUGCUUAAACAUGUGGUAGAAAUUGAAUUUGAAAUACUAGCUCAGCUCAGUUAGUGUAGUGGGUUUUUGUCAGAAUUGGAGGACUUCCACUUUGCUUUUUUGUGAUUGUUUUUUUGACAACUUUUGCUCAUAGAGAUUUUUAAAGUAAAAGUAAAGUAUUUUACUCACCUCACGUCACUGAUUAAAACUAACUUAGGUGAAUGGUAAACUGCACAGUCACAGCACAAUUAGGGAAAGAGUAAAAUUAUUGUGCCAUUGCAUAGAUUAAAAAAAAAAUGCUGAAUCGCAUAACAAGAAAUGCUGAAUCGCACAAGUGAUGCUUCUUACACAAUUAUUUCAUAUCAAAUGAGAGUAAGACUCCUGUAUACAUUGAUCAGACAUUUUCAUCUGAAUUAUUUCUAAGUUUUGCAAAUGUAAGUUUACUGAUAUGUACAUUUUUCUCAAUAGACUAGUAAUUUUAGAUUGCAAAUCUAAAAAGAAAAUAGUCACCCUUCAUAUGACUAGUCAAUCUGUUGUAUUAUCGGCGAAAAUUUGAAUUAGUAAAGUUAGUUUAAGCCAAGUUGAGUGUCCCAAUCAAAAUAAUGUUUGCUUUGUCAAUCUGUUACAAGUGUAAUAAACAAUGAUCUUUUGUAACAUCUUAUAUGUGUGUAUAUUCAUAUUGAUUGUUGGUUUGGUUUUUUAAAAUGCUAUAAUUAUGUUUUUGCUGAGUUGAUUUUGCUCAAAGCUAUUUUGUUUGUAAUUAAUACAAGUUUUAAUUGUUCACUAACAUUCCAACGGCAUUUAAAACUUAAUAGUAUUGCCAGCCAAAGAAGUUUGUGAAGUAAAAGACUAAUCGAACUUUAAGACUCACUGAGCUUUAUAACGGUCUGACUGUGUACAAACUCAAAUAUAUGUUAAUUUUAUAUGUUAUAGAUCUAAAGUGUUGAAAAGACAAGUAAUCUACGAUUUGUGUUCAAAAAGUAUUAAUUACAAUAUUUGUGUUAGGCACUAGUUAGGGAGCACUGGUAGUUUUCCUGUAGUAUUUAUUAUUCGUGCAUAAAAACCACAUAUUAUUUAGGCAACUGAAACACAAUUUUUUUACUUUUGUAAUUUUAUAGAUAGAAUAAACUAUAAUCAUUCUCUAUGUUAUCAGUAUAUUCUCCAGGUGUAGUUUUAUAUUGGGUUUCAGUAUUUUACUUGAUUAAUUUUUACUAGGUAUCAAGUAAUAAACUUUAGUCAUGUUUUACCAAUAUUACCAUGAUUGGCUGUGUUUGGGUUCCCUAUGAGUGGAAUAAGUUUAUUCUAUGUUUAAGCUUAUCCUAUUUGAAAUUUUAUUACGUCCAUCAAGUAUUCGUGUUGCAUAUAUUUUUUAUGGAUUGCUGUAGCUAUAUUUGUUUGGAGUAUUCACUUAUUCUUAAUAAAAUGUUUGAAAUAAAA